CAGACACUUUCUCAGUUUCCAACUCACCUCCAUGGAUGAUCACUGUUGGUGCUAGCGCCGAUGACCGGACGUUCAAGAACAAUGUCUCUCUGGGGAAUGGAGUGAGCUUUAAAGGGUUAAGCUUGACGCUCAAUGGCACCAAGGACUUCUUGCCUCUUGUAUCUGGAGACGCCGCUGGAUCGAGUAUUUGUCGUUUAGGGGCUCUAGAUCCCGUCAAAGUGAGGAACAAUGUGGUGGUUUGUGAAUACGUAUAGAUAUACUCCGGAUCCCACUGCGGCAAGCGAAGCAGUUUUACAUGCCGGAGGAGCUGGUGUUAUAUAUUUCUACCAAGACGAAAAGGCGACAGUGGAUGGUCACCUCUGCGUCCUACCUUGUUCUUCCAUUUCUGCAACUGAUGCACAGAGAGUCCUCUCUUAUAUUUCAUCUACGAGCAAUCCGGUUGUGAAUAUAAGUCCAGUUGAAACAACUCUGGCCACGUCAAAGGUUCCAGUCGUGGCUACGUUCUCGGGCCGGGGUCCCGGUGCCGACCCGAACGUCGUCAAGCCUGAUAUCGUGGCACCCGGUGUCGAUAUCUUGGCAGCCUAUUCUCCAGUUCUCCCAGUUGAACCAGGCGAUAAGCUCGAUCCACGUCGCACCAGUCACGUAAUUUUUUCAGGAACCUCUAUGGCCUGUCCUCACAUUGCAGGCAUUGUUGCGUUGCUCAAAUCGCACCACCCGGACUGGAGUCCAGCAGCGAUCCUAUCAGCUAUAGUCACGACAGGUUACAAGGAUGGGAUGGUUGGAAACCCCUUCGACUUUGGAGGCGGCCAUGUCAAUCCAAACGCCGCACUUCAUCCCGGCCUGGUUUACGAUCUCCUCCCAGAGGAAUACGUGCGAAUCCGGUGCGACGAGUUUGAGCUUUACGGCACUCCCGGCUGUGGAAACUACAGUGAUGUGCCGCUCAACGUCAACUAUCCCUCCAUAGCUCGGCUUGAUCUCGCGAACAAAACUACCAUCACCAGGAACGUUACCAAUGUGGAGGAGGAGGAAUCAGUGUACCGCGUGACCGUGAUCAGCCCCCCGGGUUAUAGCAUCCAGGUAGAGCCCCAGGUUCUACGCUUCGAUCGCAAGGGGGAGACGAAAACGUUCCAAGUCACGAUGGAGGCAACGAGCGAGGCUGGGGAUGAUCUCUUUGAAGAGGCAUUUGGGUCGAUAACUUGGAGUGAUGGGCUUCAUGAAGUAACGAGUCCUGUGGCUCUUGUAAGGUUCGCCAACAUUCCUCUAGACUAUGAUCGAGAACCCAGUCCUCCUGCGAGAGCUAAUCCUACGAAUAGUUCUUCUACGUGUCCUCCCACUGCGGCUAUAUCUUCAAGCUCCAACGCUUAUACGUCUUCUUUAUCGUUAUAUGUUUUCUCUACAGUGCUUUUGUGGCUCAUAGCUGCAUAGUUAUAUCUAUUAAUUCUUGUAAUUUGGUUAAAUAUUUUUUCACAUUUUUUUCUACCAGUUGCUAGCUCACCAGCGUUGGCAGAUGCUUUGCAAAGCCGACAAACUUAUUAACCAAGUCACUAAACUUUGAUGCCUCACCCCUGGACACGAUUGCUCUAACAGCAAAGGAUUCUCAAC